AUGCCAGGCGAAAAUGAAGCGCACACAGAUUUUAAACACCGUACCUACUUUGACUCUGCCGAAUUUGUUCUAAAAUCUGCACAUAACCCAUCCGAGAUCUCCGAAAAGAACACUGGAACCGAGCGCCCGCAACACGCUAGCAUCUCUCAGCCAUUUUGCGCCGUGCCUGGCACCAGUAAUGUUUGUAAGACGGCGAAUAAUGGAUUUCAGAAUACCAGUCACGAAUAUCAGAAUUACCAGAGUCCUCUCCAUGAAAACGAGGAGGCCGACUGCAAAAAGACGAAUUAG